AUGGCCCGCUUCAGAAAUAUGGUUGAAUAUGAUGUGGACGACAUCAAAGCAGCAGAAGAGACCGGUCCUGGAAGUCACCCGCGAUCGCCCCUGACAAAAACACGGUCCAUGUCCGAUGGAGGAGGAACCCCUUCACGACUUUCUCCUUCACCACGUAUCGUCGAUGAAUCUCGUCGGACAUCAAAAGACGACACCAGUAUCCCAACUCCUCAACCCGUGACGCCGCGUCGUCCCAACUUGUCGAAUCGCGGGUUCACGAUACAAAUGCCGCCACGAGAUUUUACCCCACCACCGCCGAAUUCAUACGUCAAGCCUGCUCCUUUAUCACCUAAACUCGACCACUCUCAAAUAUACGCAUCCCCAACAAAUAUACUUCCACGUCGCUCCCGCGGUCUUGACUUUUCUCGCGCUGCUACCAGUCUUCAUCACUCAACUCUUGCCGAAUCUUCCCCAGACUCGUCGCCCACCGCUGGUGGUAGGGCGAUGAAUAUACCGAGCCGAAGAAGUCACUAUGCAGGACCGGAGCAAAUGUCUACAUCCUUAUGGUCUGUUAUGGGCAACCAGGAAAAGAUGCACAUCAGCAGUUCGCUUGGGAGUCAGGCGGUUGGUUCCGAUUCGUCCAGUAGCUCUGAUGACGACGAGCUGAUGGAUGAGGACAUGGACGAGAGCUACGUAACAACUCCGCAAGUCAACAAGAUUGGUCCAGCCCUUGGCCCUCCAGGGUCUGGUGGGACCUUUGGAUCCCCUGCCAUGAGUAGCCUCAUGAGCUUCCAACAGCGACAACGACCCCGCAAACAAUCCAAGAAGAAGGCUCGUGGGCCUUUGGGACUGGGGUUCAGUGGCUCAUCUUUAUCAAAAUCACCACCAGCCAAUUCUUCACGGGCCCGACGCGAGAGCAUCAGCUGGCAAGCUAAUCAAUUGCACAUUUCUGGUGCAGACUCCGAUGAGGCACGAGCAAUGGGCGACGUGGAUGGGAUUGGAGAUGGUCAGCGCAAUGUUAUUCGGAGAGUUGUAACAAGGCGAGGUAAUCUCCUGCCCAAAACAAAAACAUUCGCACGGAUUCGAGCUGCGCUCAUGGAGGAGAGCACCCCCGCCGAAUCCGAGUUUCGUCGAGAGGCCGAAGUUGUCAAACAGGUUCGCGAUUGCGACAUGGAGCUGGAGCCCAGAAUAUCCCAGCAGACAGCGGAAUCAACACAACCAACCACGGCCCCUUCUUCGCCUACAUUGACUCAGCAAGAAGGCCUGAGCGAUGUUCCAGAAGACGACAUUAUGGGCGAUAUAUCCAUGGGCCUUUCUAGCAGCUUUAAGCAACAUGCCAUCAAGAACUCAAAGGGCAAGCCAUUCUGGGAUGCAUUUCCCGAGUCAAACAGCACUGGUGGUGUCAGAACCACACCGCCUCCCGCUGCUUUCCUUCCACGAGGAUCAUCCUCAGGUAUCAGUGAGGACGUGGCGAUGGACUCACCGUCAGUUGGUGGAGCUACUGUAGGUGCACCCUUGUUCGGUCAUGACAACAACAACGUUCUAACCACUCUGGCCCCGCAGAAUGGUGUCAAUCAACCACCUAGCGCUGCAGAAAUUACCCGAAGGAUUAAUAGUAAACGCCGCCGUGGCGACGAUGACUUCGAUCCCGUUAGCUUCAAACGUCGAGCAGUCAGUCCCGGUAUGAGUGUUCAUAACUCACCUGUCACGCAAAGUCCACUCCAGCGAGACGGUAUGUCAUGGGGUUCUCGUCCUGGAAGUAAUGGCGGCGACAAAGCAGGUAGCAGUGCUCCAAGCGAGGCUGGUAGCACACCAGGAAACCUGUCUGGAAGCAGCUCUGCAGCUGGUCGACUUAACAACAACAAAGGAAGGGUCGGUUUUCAGGGAAUGGUUGAUACCCACGAUGGUCUUAUGCGCAUGAGCAUCGAAUAG